CUCUUUCCAGCCAUUUCCAGUGUGUGUGUUAUUAGAAGUCACGAAAAAAAAGUCAAAACGUCGAAAAAUCCCCCAAAAAGGGUUUGAAAAUGUCCGCACUGGUGCGUCUCAGUGCCCUCCGGGGGCUUAGGAAUACAAUUCACACUGCCUACCGACAAACACGCGCCAUUUCCACGUCGCCGAAGAACAGCGAGACGGAACCCAUUUCACCCACGACUCCCAUUGACACCACAAAAUUGGAUGCUGAGCUCAAGAAGAACUGGAUGAGCUACGGGUUCGAGACGAAGGAUGAGUACCAGGAUAGGAGUCAGACCAAAGCCAGCUUCUUCUUCACCAUCACCCUGUGCAUUGUGUGGGGAAGUUUCAUCUAUGCCUACCUUCCGGACUACAGGCUACGCGAUUGGGCGCAGCGAGAGGCCUUCCUGGAGAUUCGACGUCGUGAAGCCCUCGGCCUGGAUCACAUUGACAAGAACUACAUUGAUCCAGCCACUAUGGAGCUGCCAUCAGACGAGGAGCUUGGCGACACUGAAAUUAUCAUCUAAGUUCGCACGGGGGGUGCUCUAGUUGGAAUUACAUAAGCACUGUUUGUCUCUUUGUACAUAAAAAUAUGAGGCUACCCGGCCGGAAAUAAAUUACUAGCGAUUUAA